AGAGCAAUGGGUCCAGCAUACAGCUUGGUCAUCCUUCUCAUCUUCAGCUUUGGCUGGGUCUGUCUGGGACAACCACUCUAUGUGAUGAUAGCCCCAAAUAUCCUCCACCUUGAUAAUGAUGAGAGUGUCUACCUGGAAGCUCAUGGCGCAAAUGGGAAUGUUCCGGUGACUAUUCAAAUAUACGACUUUCCACUGAAACACAGAGUGUUCUUUUACGGAACGCUGAACCUCGACAAUAACAACAAUCACCAGGCUAUUUUUAAAGUAAAGGUGCCCAGAGAAAAAUUAAAAAGAGACCUCACUGCAAAUCAGUAUGUGUAUUUGACAGCAAGAGUUACGGGCCAGGAGAUGCAAGCAGUCAUACUGGUGUCUUUCCAGUCUGGUUAUCUCUUCUUACAGACAGAUAAACCAAUAUACAAUCCUGGAGAUAAUGUAAAAUAUAGGAUUUUUAUGACUGAUACACAGGUCAAAGCUGUCGACCGUAUAUUGACAGUCCAAGUCAAGAAUCCAGAGGGGAUUAUAGUGGAGCAGAGACCUGAUGUGAAUGCGGUCAAUGGGGUCUUCAGUGAAGUUUAUAUGGUCCCUGAGGUCAUUAAGGAGGGGACCUGGACCUUGGAGGCCAUGCUGAAGGACCACCCAGAGGAUGUGUUCUCCACUCAGUUUGAUGUGAAAAAGCAUGUGUUGCCAACGUUUGAGGUGACAUUAAAACCAAGUAAAAACUUUUUCCAUGUGGAUGAUAAA